AUGAAACAAGAGGAGAAUAAUCUGCUUGUAAACUGGGGAAUUUUCCCUACUUUUAGCGAGACUAGCAGUAGUGAUAGUGGAAGCAGUUGUAGAAGUGACUCUAGCGAGUGCAACCACUGUACAGACUAUAGGAGUAACAACUAUGAUUGCCAAAACAUCUGUCGUAGGAAUAGUUAUACCGGUUCAGGGAGGGAAGUGUGGGAUCAAGAAUAUUGUGAUGGUGUGGAGAGAAUCGACAACCUUAUGGAGAAAAAAAAUACACAAGUGUCUCAUGACGAAACUUCCCAAUCAGAUGGAAGGAGAGAAAAGAACAGCAACCGUGUGAUGAAGCAGACUCAGACACGGAAGCAGUGUUAUGAAAAUGAACAAAGGGAAUUCUCAUACUCGGAUGCUGAGUACACUAUUGUGAGGAAAUACCUUAAAGGAGUAUUGAAAAAUAAAGAAAGAAAUAAAUUAUACGAGUUUAGAAAGUACCUAGUUGAACACAAUGUCUUUUACAUGUUUGUAUACUUGUUUGUAAAUCUAAUAAGGAACAAGAACAAUAUACGGAAUCCUUACAAUUAUGUGAUGAACUACUUUGGAAGAAGAGACUACAACUCAGAUGAUAACGCUUGCAUGCAGGAUUUAAUUAGAGAAAAUAAAAUGUACAGAAUGAAAAACCAGCGGUUAACUAACAAAAUAAACAUGCUACUAGUUCAGAUUGAGGAUAUGCAAAAAAGGGAUUCCUGUGAUUUCAUUGCAAAUUUUUUUUUUAAAAAUGACAAGGAAUCAGAUGAACCACUUAAAUCGCUUAACCCGGUUAAACGGCGUGAAACCUACAGCUCCUUAGAAUCAUAUUCCUUGUGUUACAUCAUUAAGUCGGUUAUUUGUGGUGAUCCCAGUGUGUACACUAUCCAAAAUUACCCGAAAAUGUCACAUGAUCAUUGUGAUAAUAUGGAAAUUCCCUAUUUCCUAUUUACACGGGAAACAUUUUUCCUUUUUUUAAGCUCAUUAAGUCAUUCAGUUAGAACUGAAUUUCGUAAAGUACUAGAAGGGAAAAAAAUUCAUUUGGAAAAAUCUGAACUUUUCAACAUACUACUCAAAGAGUUAUCGCUCUUCCUAAAUAAUUAUUUGUCUUUCGAUCAAUGCAGGGAAAAAAAAAUCCAUUGA